GUUGGAAUAUUUUUUGUUUCUGAAUACAUGUGUAUAUAUAUGUAAUUUACUGAGUGAAAUAUACAGAGUAAAAGGCAGACAGUUUUCAGUCAAACUGUCCAACCCAUGCCAACAUGGAAAGUGGUCAUUAAAUUAUGAUGACACCAUGUAUUUUAUUAUAUUUUUACCUUCUUUCUGUGCAAUAUUUAAAACAUCCUUUGCAAACAAUAAAUAUGCCCAUUUCAAUUCAAUUUCUUGAAGCUGAGGAAAAGCAGUACACUGAAAUUAGUGAGCACGAAUAUGAAUGUACAAAACACCGAGAUGUGGAUGUUGAUUAUGUUAAUGCUUCAAGGAAACCUGAUGACGUGGAUGUUGAUUAUGUUAAUGCUUCAAGGAAACCUGAUAACAUGGAUAUUGCUUGCAUUAAUAUUUCAAGGAAACCUGGUGGUUACCGGUGAAGGUCCAUGCUUUUCAGGUGAACAAGAAGAACCUAGAACUUAGUGUUAUAGUAUAUCAAACCCUCUAGAUCUAAUUGGAAUCUUGUGUGAAACCCAUGUCCGUUUCAUUGUCAUCAUUUCAUGGACACUUUUUGCAAGCACUACACAUUUGGAGUAAAUAUUUGAUACUGCCACAACAGAACUGAGUUCUAUGUUAUAUGCUAUAUCUGCAUUGUUUUUGUAUUCACUGAAUUGACAAAUUCUUGAUUUAUUUUUAACCUUUAUAAAUACCUAUUGAUAUAUAAACAUUUGCAUCACUGAAGUAAACUCAGUUAAAUUUCUGUAUUUUUUUCCCUCUUAUAUGAGUCAUCACCAUCUAAAUAUACUAUGGAUAUUUAGAAACAUAGCUGUGAAUAUUAUUGAUUUUUGGAAUAUAUUUUGGAAUAAUCUCCAAAAGAAAUGUUAAGAAUUUGAAUUCAAAGCAAUUUUCAACAAAUGAGCAGCAAUUAUGAGAGUUUUUGUCCACAUUAAACAUCUUGAAACCAUUUACAACUUCAUGAUCAAAGUUUGUGAUGUUCCCCUUACAGUAGUUCUUUAUAUGCUUUCUGUUAUUUUACUUUAGUGAGAUCAAUGUUUUUAAAUUUCCUUCUGUCACAUUUAUAUACACAUAUAAUCCAUGAUAUAGAAUUUUAAAUUCAAUCCAGGGUCAGUUUUCUUCAAAAUACUCAAAUUAUAUAUAUAACAGAAUUCCUUUUUUCUCCUUGGUGAUUGUAAGGCUAUAUUUUAUGAUAGCCAUAUUUCAUCAUUCUUUCUAUAAAUAGAUACCUCACCAUAUAUUAUAUACAAUUAUAAUGUACAUUUUACUUGCAGAAAAAAGUUCACUAUAUGUAUAUGGAAUUCUCCUAACAUCAAUGCAUGGUGGAGAUGUUCGAACUAUGUUUACAUAUAGUAAGCAGAAAAUUAAAGAUCUGACUUUAUUUUUUAUAUUGUAAACAUUGAAUAAGUAGUAGCUGUAUAUGUGAUUUGUUUUAUGAAUUCACUUUAAUAUUUCUUUGUAUUGAAGGCAGCAGGCUGGCAGAAUCAUUAGCAUACAAGGCAAAAUGCCUAGUGGCAUUUCAUCUGUGUUAUAUAUUCAAAUUCCACCAAGGUUGACUGUACCUUUCAUCAUUUUGGGGUUGAUAAAAUAAGUACCAGUUGAGUACUGCAGUCAAUAUAAUCAAUUAACCCCUUCCUCAAAAUUGCUGGCCUUGUGCCCAAAUUUGAAACCAAUAUUUCUUUGUAUUUCAUCAUAAUCUUAUUUCUGUUUUUGUAGUUUAUUAUUUUGUUAUUUUAUCUUUUCUCUCUAUACAUUUUAAAUUCCAUUCUGAGUUUUAGAUAUGAAACCCUGUAACUAUAUUGUUAGGUUUGGAUCAAGCCUGAUUGAGUAGACCCGUGAUUGUCAUUCUGGUCAUGAUUAUUCCAUUCUUCUAGAAUUAUGUCUAGGAACAUAUUAUCUGAUGUUAAGGUUAUCAUUGCUUGUGAACAGUUAUAAUAUUGUGCUUGCAAAAGUGCUUGAUUAUUCUUGUCUCAAAUAAUUCCCUGAAAUAUUCUUACCAAUUCUAUUUUACUUUUCAAACAAAUGGGCAGUGAUUAUUUCAUCACAAUUUCAACAAGUAUUGUCAAGGUUAGGCUUUGCUGAUAAGAUCAGAAUAAACCAAGACAUAUCAGAGUUGAUAGAGAAAUCAAACUAUUAGUGAUUAAUAUCAUUAUUUCUUUUUUAUUCUUCACACAUUAAAUAUGUUAACACUAGGUUCUCUUAGUUUUCUUGGCUGGAAAAUGUGUGCCAGAACAUCUAUGAUGUUACUCUUUUACUUGUUUCAGUCAUUUGACUGUGGCCAUGCUGGAGCCCCACCUUUAGUCAAGCAAAUCGACCCCAGGACUUAUUCUUUGUAAGCCUAGUACUUAUUCUAUUGGUCCCUUUUGCCGAACCGCUAAGCGACGGGGACAUAAACACACCAGCAUCGGUUGUCAAGCAAUGCUAGGGGGACAAACACAGACACACAAACAUACACACACACACACAUAUAUAUAUAUAUAUACGACGGGCUUCUUUCAGUUUCCGUCUACCAAAUCCACUCACAAGGCUUUGGUCGGCCCGAGGCUAUAGUAGAAGACACUUGCCCAAGAUGCCACGCAGUGGGACUGAACCUGGAACCAUGUGGUUAGUAAGCAAGCUACUUACCACACAGCCACUCCUGCGCCUAAGAAAAUAAUUUGCUUUGAUUUAGCUUCAUAUCCGAAAUGAGACAGAAAUUUGCUGCCUUCUUUUUUAAUAAGAAACAUGACUCUUCAGCAUUAGUUUUCAGUUCUUAUUACAUUUUCUGUUGCAUUGAUUUUCUUUCUUGGAAAUGAAUUUUUUUUCUUCAAUUUUACAUACAUUUUUUUCAUGCAGAAUUAUGAGCCUUACUCCUAGAUAUAACACAAUGUCUGCAGUGAGAUCUAAAUUCAUGAUUAGGUGAAUACUACUUCAGUAUAUUUACCUUUAUGUCUAUUUUUCAUUGUAUCUAUUUUCUCCGCCUUAAUUUUGUUUAACACUUGUGUUAUUGUUAUGAUUUUUAACUCAGUAAAUAAAGAUGGAUUACAUUUUCUUCA